AUGGACGGCAUGUUCUACUUCAACAGCCCUCAAAUAUCAUAUUCGCCACCUCGGCGGUCACCCUACUAUCACAACUCAGCAUUCUCGGGCAAGAAGCGGAAGUCUGAAGCCAUGGACGGGUUUCGAGCGCACGCCUGUAUGGCCGUACUGGACGAGCCCACUUUCUGUCCCAGCGAGAUCUCUGUGCUAUUUCCCGAGUAUUCAUGGAACUUUCAUGGACUCUCAGGCGAUGCUAGCUUGCCCACACCUGAUCUUACAGAAGACGAGGACGAAGACGAUUCCGGUGGCGUUCCCCUGUUUGACCAGGAAGACGCGGAGGUGACCACCAUACAAGGCAACGUCAGCGACACCGAAGCCCAGCCAGAUUCCGACCGUGCAUCGCAAGAUGCUACUCCACCUGCUGAACUUGGAUCAGGACCUAUCGCGCGAACAGAUCAUGACCAUUUUGUACCGCUGGAGCGAGCGGUCCUUUCGAGAAUACAGCCAGGCGAAAGCACAGUACUUGGCACUGCUCACCCACGCCCUCACACACAAGAACUGUGGGUUGAAGAGGACAGCCGAAGGCUACUUUUCGCACUCGAUGGGUUCGACAUCGAUGAGGUGCCUCGAUUCCUCCUCGAGACCGCAGCAUUCACGCGAUCCGAAGAGCCCGUGGCUGUGCGCACAGGACUGGAGGCCACAUCAACUCGACCUCCUUUGACCUUAACACCCGAUGUGAUACUAGCUCUGACUGAGUCGCGUCUCCUACCAGCAGUACGAAACACUGGUCCGGAAGUCUCGGAGCCAGACUCGUUGCAUGACCGAUCUGUGGCAGCUGACCCUGUUGAUAUGGAGGUAGAAGAGUGGCUGCCAGUUGACGAUCCACGACGCGAGUACGAUGUUGCUGAUUUCUUGGAUCACUGGCGAUUACGAUCUGUGACUCGAAGAGAUGUUAUCCCGCAUACGGUCGGUAUUCAGCCAUCACUACGGCUACGCAGACCUCCUGAACACCUGGCGCGCCAUGAUAUUGCUUCUGAUGACCUGGACUGGCAAGGCAUACGCUGGAAGCUGAUUGGCCCAGAUCGACAGCAUGUUUUGGCCGCCAGGAUACAGAUGCACCCUUCGAGUCCAGUCGCCUUAGCACGUAGUGGUAGGCCUGCAAGUCAUGUUCUAGACGCGCCAAGUGCAUAUCGUUUCCGCGGGUUUACACCGCAACAUCGCGCUCGAACAUCACAUUAUCAGCUACGCAAUGUCCUUGCCGCCACCAGUCGAGCCGACGUCUUUUAUGCCACCGGGAACAAGGUCAUGAGAACUUCACUUGCUUGCCCGACUAUGAGAGACCCAGCAGUAGAGAGCGGCACUGCUGCCAACCUUCCUACGGACUUUCGUGUUAUGUGCCUCGCGGCAUACAAAGAAGCGUGCACAGCUAGCUUCAUGGUGGCGGGCGGCUUCAACGGAGAAUAUGCUCUGCUCAAAGUCGGUGGCGCUCAUGGUGCGGCUAUACAUGACGGGCAUGUUACGCACGCCUACAACGGCCUUGUGACACAUGCAAACACAGUGACUGGACGACGAGGCACACCACAGACCGUGUUUUGCUCAAACGACCAUCAUGUACGACUGUUAGACGUCGAGACUCUGCGAAUUGCUUCCGAGUUUGUGUACCCUAGCGCGAUCAACUGUUCGGCCACAGCACCAGACAAACGCUUGCGUGCCAUCGUUGGUGAUUGCCGGGAUGCCUACAUCACGAAUGCUGAGCGUGGCGAGGUUCUGGUGACGUUGAGUGGUCACACCGACCAUGGCUUUGCGUGCGCCUGGUCCUCGAACGGUGUUCACGUCGCUAGUGGUGCACAAGAUGGCAAGACUCUGGUUUGGGAUGCUCGGAACUGGAGUCAACCACUACAGAAAUUGCCCAGUAUGAUGUCUUGUCCUAGAUCCCUGCACUUUACAGACGAUGGGGCUCUGGUGGUCGCUGAGAAUGACGACAUCAUCAGCAUCUACGAUCCGCAGACUUUCAACAAACGGCAGGACCUGCGCUUCGUCGGGUCAGUGGCUGGUGUUGCGCUUCUAGACGGAGGCGAGGAGAUUGCUGUUGCUAAUACCGAUAAGAGUGUUGGUGGCUUGUUGACGUUCGAGCGGCUACCUGGGCCCGUAUACUCAGACUCCGGCCACACGAGUGCCGCGUACAAGUGUCGUCCGGCCUGGUAUACCGGCGUCGAGAAGAUCACAUACAGUGUCUGA